CGACGCAUGACAGCUCAGGAGGUCUUCCGGUACGCUCGUGGCUAGAGGACGUUGGUGUCACAGGGAAGAGGGGCUCUUCAACUUUAAUUUCAUCCAACAAAGCAAAAAAUCCGCAACACACUCCCGACAUGUUCUCCAGAGCGGUCAGACCUACGAUCGGCUUCGCCAGGAGCUUGUCCACCUCGGCGCAGAACAACGCGAAGGUGGCGGUGCUCGGAGCGUCAGGCGGUAUAGGCCAGCCGCUGUCUCUGCUCCUGAAGAAUAGCCCGCUGGUGAGUCACCUCUCCCUGUAUGAUAUCGCUCACACACCCGGGGUGGCCGCCGAUCUCAGCCACAUCGAGACCCGCGCCCAGGUUAGCGGCCACAUGGGUCCCGACCAGCUGGACGCCGCACUGAAGGGCUGCGAAGUAGUAGUCAUUCCCGCCGGUGUACCCAGGAAACCAGGCAUGACCCGUGAUGACCUUUUCAACACCAACGCCACCAUCGUGGCGACCCUGGCUGAUGCAUGUGCCCGCAACUGCCCCGAGGCUAUGAUCUGCAUCAUCGCCAACCCUGUUAACUCCACCAUACCCAUCACAUCAGAGGUCAUGAAGAAGCAUGGCGUCUACAACCCCAACAGAGUGUUUGGUGUCACCACCCUGGACAUUGUCAGAGCAAACGCCUUUGUGGCAGAGCUUAAAGGCCUUGACCCUGCACGCGUCAACGUCCCAGUCGUUGGAGGCCAUGCAGGAAAGACCAUCAUCCCCCUGAUCUCCCAGUGCACCCCCAAAGUUGAGUUCCCCGCUGACCAGCUGUCUGCCCUGACUGGCAGGAUCCAGGAGGCCGGCACCGAGGUGGUGAAGGCCAAGGCCGGAGCUGGCUCUGCUACCCUGUCCAUGGCCUAUGCUGGUGCUCGUUUCACCUUCUCAGUCCUGGAUGCCAUGAAUGGCAAGGAGGGCGUGGUGGAGUGCGCCUAUGUCAGGUCAGAGGAGACGGAGUGCAAGUACUUCUCCACACCCCUUCUCCUGGGCAAGAACGGCAUCGAGAAGAACCUUGGGCUUGGCAAGCUGUCCGCCUUCGAGGAGAAGCUGGUGGCCGAAGCCAUGGGCGAGCUGAAGGCCUCCAUCAAGAAAGGCGAGGAUUUUGUGGCUAACAUGAAGUGAACAGCAGGGCAUUGAGUUAGCUGGAAACAGCAUCUAUGAUUGUUAAUUUGUCCAGACUUACAAGAAAGGUGUCCGGGUUGAUCUCAAAAUCUCGCGCAGUGUUUCCUCCUUGAUUUGUCUCUUAUUUUAGCAGCGGGGUAACCUUGGUUCAUGGAUCCUGGUUUUGUCCUUGGUCCAGCUUCCCAAGUAUUAUUUCCUUUACCUGUUGUAGCUCAAACACGGCUUUGAUUUGCAUACAUAUGAUACAUGGACUCAUUGUACUGUGACUGCCCUUUAUUUAUAUUGUGCAAAUGUCAAAACUAGAUGAAAUUUCAUAUAUUUACAUUGAUCUAGUAGUGUGGAUUUCUCUGCUGUAUGAAUGAGGAGGAAAUACUGUCAUGCCUGUUGAUGCACUUAGAUGUUACUGAUGAACAAAAUGUUAACAUCAAUAAACACAUGAGCCUGAAAAGGA